UUCAUGGAAUUUUGGCUUUUCAGCUUGGUGUCUAGGGUGGGAGGUGUACCCCGGUAACUGGCGGCAGGAUGUUCACGGCGGGCACAGAGAGUUUACUUCUCCAGGCCAGGGAGAUUCAGGAUGAGGAACUAAAGAAAUUCUGUUCACGUAUAACGGGACUGCUUCAAAAGGAAGACUUUGGAAAUGAGACCAUUGACUGUCUGCAAAGACUUUUCCUCAUUGUCUCAGCCACAAAAUAUUCUAGGAAACUUGAAAAGAAAUUUGUGGAGCUGUUGCUGUCAGCAUUGUAUUUUCCAAAAUCCCCUGAACAGGUUCAGGUUCUCUGUGCUGCAAUCGUGAGGGAAAUAUCACCUUCCGAGAACUUGACAUUGUCUCAUGACCACAUCCAAAAUAUAAAGCUAUUAAGCCUGGUGUCAUCAAUCCUGUUGGCUCAGGGUGAUAAAAGGAAUGAGGUGAGAGACGUGGGACUGCGAGUUACAAAAGUCUUUGAAGGUCGACAGCCUGAGGGACAGAGCUUAAGAUACCUCCUGCCUGUCUUAUCAAAGGUCAUUACCCUCUCACCAAAAGUCCUCAAGGAAGACCAGAUAAAUCUCCUCAACAAAAGGCUAAUUGACUGGCUUCGUUAUGCAAGUAUCCAGCAAGGAAUUGCACAGACAUCUGGAGGUUUCUUCUCUAAUCCCUGGGCAAGACAGCCUGGCCCCAUCACUGAGGUAGAUGGUGCAGUUGCUACAGACUUCUUCACUGUACUUUCCGUAGGCCAGCACUACACGGAAGAUCAGUGGCUGAACAUGCAGGCCUUCUCUAUGUUGCGUAAAUGGCUGCUAUAUAGUGGGAAUGAUGGAACAGACAGUCCAGAUUCAGCAGAUGAUAAAUCAGAGCUAGAGGGUUCUAUUAUGUCGAUGGUCUCUGCUACCUCUACCUCUAGUCGCCUACUUCCCCCAAAGGAGCGCCUGCGAGAGAAUGCCUUUGAGUACUGCCAGAGACUCAUUGAGCAGAGUAAUCGGAGAGCCCUGAAGAAACCAGACCAUGAGUUGCAAAAAGCUUGUCUGGUUGAAGCUGUGAUCAUGUUGGAUCUCCUGUGUAGGCAGGAUUCCUCCUUCAUCUACCGGACUCUCUCUUGUCUAAAGAUCUUACAUGGGCGGCUUUGUGGAGACCCAACUUAUGUUCGAGCACUGUUGCCAGUUGCCCAGUUCUUCCUGAAUCACAGUGAAGCAGCAGCAGUUGAUUCAGAAGCAGUUUAUCAGCAUUUGUUUACCAAUAUCCCUUCAGAGUUAUUCUACAACUCAAUGCUGGCCUUUGAGUUCAUCCAGUUCUGCAGGGAAAACAUCCACUUUUUCAAUGGAAACCUCAGCAUCUUCAGAUCAAACUUCCCAAACCUCUUCAAGUUCCUGGCAUGGAACAGUGCGUCCUUGAUCUCAGAAUUUGUGGAUAUCCUUCCUGUUUUCAUUAAUGCCAGUACAGCCAUUGAGAUACUGCAUGUCCUCCUUGACCUGCCGUGCUUGACUGCUGCCCUAGAUCUGUAUCUUAGGUCAUCAUCUCCUACAACUGAGAAGCCUCUCUGGGAUCCUACCCUAAAGCCCACCAGCUGCUUGGAUGGUUUCCGAGAUCCUCACUACAAGGCUCUCUUUCAGUACCUGCUGCGCACGAAAGCCAGGGGAAUUAUCAAGGGGUUGACGCCACUCCAUCAGCUACUGAAGCCCAUGGCCAGUUGUUCACGAGUUGUGCAGUGUGCGGAGACUGUCCCCAUUUUAAUACAGCUUUUCUUUACAGUGGUGACUGAGUUUGCAGAUGGGACCCUGAUAAACCAGCUGGUGGUGCUACUGUUGGAAAGAAGUGAUUUGCUUUUUGAUGUUCCACAGUUUAAAGCUGCCGUCCACAGAGUAAUGAGUUCCCAGCUUCUGGUCCUGUGUAAACUACAUCCUUCUCUUGUAGUUGAACUGUCUAAGGAACUACUGGAGUUCACAGGAACCAUCAGCAAUAUCGACAGCAAGGAGAACAUAUUCACCAAUGUGGUCUGGGCAGUUGGAGAAUACCUGUCUGUGGUCUAUGACAGGAGGUGCACUGUGGAGCUGAUCAACAAAUUCUUUGAAGCCCUAGAGGCCUUGCUGUUUGAAAUUACCCAGUUUCGCCCCUCUGCUACGCUUCCCAAGUGCUGUCCACGAGUAAUCACAGUUCUCAUGACCACAUUGACCAAACUAGUCUCCCGGAGUCAAGAUUUGAUUCCUAGAGUUUUCUUGUUCCUGUCCAAGGUGAGAUCUUUUGCUGAGAGUCCUGCUAUGACCUCUGUGUACAGCGAGGAAGACACAGAGACUAUCCUGACUAGGGCCACCGAGUUGAUGAACUUAUUGAAAAUGCCAAGUGUGGCUCAGUUUGUCCUGACACCAUCUGUAGAGGUGUCUAACCCACGUUAUCACCUUGACACGAAUACCUCCUUGCCUCUGGCCCUGAGGAUGGUCAGUCAGCUAGUUGAGAAAGAGGCUGGCCUUCUGCCAGGGUGAGGUGCCGAUGUGACCCGGUGCACGUUGGGGGACUCACAUUUAGACCCUAGACUUGUAUCGAGCUAAGCUUCUUACGGCAAGAGGUAAAUCCAAUGGGAAGACGUGACAGAAACAUGAAUCUAAGGAGGUACAUAUUAUGGUUCUCUUCUCUUCAACCAUAAAUGUUUUAUUUAUAUGUCCUUUCCUAUUAUGACUACACUGUGAGUAGUGCUGUUUUAAACAGACCCCAGAUCUGUGGUCUCAGUUUUGGACUUGAGGAUUGAUUAAAAUGAUGCUAUGCUCUCACUGGGGUUGGAGAUGGGUUUUCGUAGAAUCAAGGACUGUGCAAUACUUAUAUGUCUAGGGAAACACAUAGCGGACUCCUUUGGCAAGACAACAGUUGUCUGUUCACAUUUGUUCACUGAGUAAAAUCAGAUUUCUUUGCAGUUAGUUUCUAAGCAUAUUAAAGUAGGUAUUUUAUUAUAUCCAUUUUUUUCCACUUAAAUCUUUAAAUAUAAUACUCUUAAACAAA